UCGGCAUGACGUCAAUUCCGGUUGGUUCAGGCGGGCUGUUGAAAAGCACAAGUGUGUUUUUACGUUACUGCUGCCUGAAAGUAUGACAAUUUCGCCGAAAUUAAAGUGUUAAUCAUCUGCAAAAGACAGGAAUAUAUUAAUGUGGAAGUAGCAGGUAACGGACCGGUAAUUUUAUAUUGUUUGCUGAAAAAAAAGCAGCCAUGGAGCGACCGUGCAGGAAGACAAAGAGUGUGAAUUACUGUGAAAGUAAAGACCUUGAUGAUGAUGACGAUUUUGCUUGUGUGAAGGGACCGCCCAACAAAAAGGUCCGGGAGGAUGUGAAGCCGGAGCAGAAGAAACCUUCAAGUAAAGAGGCCAACUCACAGUACAAGGCGAACGACAAGAGCAGAAAACCACUGGAUGACAGGCUGAGUGAGAGAGAUCUUGAGGCAGCCAUCGCGCUGUCUUUGCUCAAUAACGGAGACGGAUUAAAGGAGCAGCCUUCCGCCAGCAAAGCAGAUGUCAAAAUUCAAAUCCCCAUUGAUGAAAACACGGAUCCAACUUCUCUGCGCCUGUCCAACUGUAGUGUGGAUGGUACAAUUAUGGGCCUGGACAAAAUCUCAUCACAGAACGGGUCGCCUGCCUCCGCCAACCAGAGGAAGGCUGCAUCUAAAGCUUCUGUUGUGCAAAUAAAAGAUGAUGAUGAUGACGAUGACUACCAACCAAAACUGACACCAGGUUCAGAAAGUGAUGAAGAUUACAGUGAUGCUGAGGAGAGUGAAGAUGAGGAAUUUACAGUGAAGAAAGUCAGCAAGGCGAAAAAGAAGGAUAAUACAACCAAGAAAGAUAAAAAUAAACCAAGUCCUACGUCUAAUAAAAAAGAAAAACAACCAACAAACCCCCCAAAGUUUAAAUCUCAGCCAGCAGCAGCUUCCACGCCGGUCCCAAGUGCUGCACCGCCCAAAGUCGCCGUCAAAAGACCUGCUUCCUCACCCACAUGUUCCACGCCAAAGCCUGCUGCCUCUCUGAGUCCAGCAGGGGGCAGAGUCCCCGCCUGGAACCCACCAGGUCAAAUUGGUAAAAGUCCCACGUCGUCUCAAAGUGGAGUGGUGAAGUCUCCCGGUCAGGGUCUGAGACUCGGACUGUCCCGCCGUGUUCCAGUCAAACCUCUUCACCCCAGUGUUACCAGUCGCUGAUGGACACCUGAUCAAAGCUCCAGAGUGUCAGUCAGCCAAUUCUGCUCUCUUUUUUUCUUUUUUUUAAAGUAAACUCUCGGAAAUACACAUUUCUGUCUUUGAUACAAGACAUGAUGAUGUCAGAAGGGAUAUUUUCAUCUUGAUUUGUUGGUUCUUCCUCCUGAACACAAACGUCAGUGAGUGAUUUAGGUGGCUGUGAGUCUGCUCUGAAUCAUAGAUUGAAAUCCUAUCUCAUCAUGACCAGCAGUUAUUUAAUGCUUCUGGUCUGUGUAAGAUGUAAUGAUCUCCAUAAUUGUGUGCUCUUCAUAUGUUUCUCUAUUGUUUAAAACAUUUUAUUAUUGUAUAUUGUGUACAUACAUGUAAAAUAAAA